AGCAGCAGCAGUAAAUUGUAAGCCGCAGUAGUUAGCAGUUGUCGCCGAGUUCGCAGCCAGCGUCGCCACACGGAAGAGCCGCAGCAGCAGCAGCAAAAGUGUGCAAAAGCAACCAAGCAGCAGCAGCAGCCAAGCCUGUCUAUUGUCAGCUAGUUUUUCGUGCAACCAGACACCAAACACCCUUUUAGCAGCAAAGAUGGCCGAUCAACUUACGGAAGAACAGAUCGCUGAAUUCAAAGAAGCGUUCUCGCUGUUCGACAAGGACGGUGAUGGCACAAUCACGACCAAGGAAUUAGGCACCGUUAUGCGAUCGCUAGGUCAGAACCCCACAGAAGCAGAACUGCAAGACAUGAUCAACGAAGUCGACGCGGACGGUAACGGCACGAUCGAUUUCCCCGAGUUUCUAACAAUGAUGGCUCGUAAAAUGAAGGACACGGACAGUGAAGAGGAAAUCCGGGAGGCAUUCCGAGUCUUCGACAAGGAUGGCAACGGUUUUAUUUCGGCAGCUGAGCUGCGCCACGUCAUGACUAAUCUGGGCGAGAAGCUAACAGACGAGGAAGUCGAUGAGAUGAUCCGUGAAGCCGAUAUAGAUGGCGAUGGCCAGGUUAAUUAUGAAGAAUUCGUAACAAUGAUGACAUCGAAGUGAGCUACUGGUCGAAACAUUGCGCCUUUCUAUUUGUUUAUUAAGAAGACUGUAGCCACGCGCAACAACAGCUGCGCAACGCUAUCGAUUUGGAUUUAAAACGGGAAGAAAAUGAAGAUA